AUCUAUGUAAUUGUUCAGUGCACAAAUAUUUGUUCACUCGUAGAAAGGUUAGAUUUGUGAACUUCAACUUAAAUUUCUAAAGAUACGAUAACACUAGAGAAAAUUUUAGAAUUUUCACAUUUUUACAGAUGAUGGAGGAAGUUGACAAUAUAAUUAUUCAUUCAUUACGUCAAAUAGGCUGUGACAUAGAAGAGGGUAUAACAAAUCUCAGUGGUUUUAACACAGAAUUAGUGGUAGAGGCAACAAUAAAAUGCUUGGAUAUAAUAAAACCAGGUCUUGGAUUAUCUACUGUUUUACCUAUAAAUAUGGCAGCCCGUUUUCGACUGGGUGCCACACUUGCUCAAGCAUGUUCAGAAUUAGGAUACAAAGGUGAUAUUGGCUAUCAAACAUUUUUAUAUAGCUCAGAAGCUGACUUAAGAAAAGUUUUUAUGUUUUUGAUUGAAAAACUACCAAAAGAAAGUGAUAAGCCCUUAAGUGAACCAGUUAGCAACAUUGCAUUAUUAGAAAAAUCUAUAGCAACAACAAUAACUCAAAGCUUAUCAGCCUCUUGGUUACCACAUUAUUGCCAUACAAAAGGAUUUAGAAACAGAGGAAGAGCAAGUAUUCCUUACAAAUCUGUGAAUUUAGAAAUACCAAGAGUAGAAGAUGAAGAAGAAUAUAAAGAAUAUUUCAUACAUUAUCUACAGUCUGUUCCUGAACAAAUCCAAAGUGCACCAUCUGUUUUACCUUCUUUGAUAUCCUACAAUGCAAGAGCUACUUGUUCAUAUUCAAUGAAUAUUCUUGAUCGAAUAAAUUGGUUGAAUGAGCAGUACUGUAAUAAAAUCACUCAGGUUAAUACAUCUGGUGAUGUUAACGUUUUGAAUACAGUUUCAGUAAAAAAUGCAACAUUACCCUCCAAGGAAUCUCAGGUAAAAAAUAACGGUACUAUCGAACCUACGCUUGCGAAACAAAAAAUUCUUAAACAAGUAGACAAAGUGAAAGAGCAAGAUUUAAAGGUAGAAAAAGUAAAGAUUGAAUGUGAAAAUUUCCGAAGCAAUAUAGAAGAAUUACAGGACGUGAUUAAAAAAUUAACUACCAGUGUGAAUCAAGUAACCAUAAAUUAUCAAAAUGAAGAAAAAGAAUUAACAAUUAAUGAAGAACAGAAAAAAAUUAAAGCAAGAAUCUAUGAUCUGUUACAAGAUGGAGAAGAAAACAUUAAGAAAUUAGAAGCAGCAAUUGAAAUUAGUACAAAUAAAUUAAUUAAUUUAAGUAAUCAGUGGGAGAAACAUAGAGUACCGCUAAUUGAAAAAUAUAGACAAGAAAGAGAAAAGCAUUCGACGAAAGCCAGCGCGAGUCAAAAGAAACUGGAUGAAAUCAAAUUGUUAAAAGAAAAGAAAAAAGAACUUCAAGAAGAAUGUCGCAACAAAGAUCAACAAUACUCGCAAUUAGUAACGGAAGUUCACAAACUUCCUAAAGAAGUAAAUAGAUCCGCUUAUACUCAACGAAUUUUAGAAAUAAUUAAUAAUGUUAGGAAACAAAAAGACGAAAUCAACAAAGUUUUAGCUGAUACACGAGAAAUUCAAAAAGAAAUCAAUACCCUUACCGGCAGAUUGGAAAGAUCAUUUACGGUUGUUGAUGAAUUAAUAUUUCGAGACGCAAGAACAAAUGAAGCAUCAAGAAAAGCUUACAAAUUACUAGCCACACUCCAUUCUGAUUGUAGCGAACUUGUGAGUUUAGUAGAAGAAACUGGUGCCACUAUACGAGAAAUAAGAGACUUGGAAGAACAGAUCGAUUCUGAGUCUACGAAAAAUGUUGGGGCAAAUCUAGAGAGGAUAACUGCUGAUUUGAAACAAAUGAAGCAAGAGACAGCAGCAUUAACAGCACAACUACAGAGUAAAGCUUCGUGAUCGUUAUAUAACAUGUGAUACUAUAAUAUAAAUUGUAAUAACAACGACCAGGACAUUCCUUAUAAACGAGUACGAUUUCGAAGACCAAAUUUUAUAGUCUUAAACAGUGCAGAAUUUAAAGGUAAACCUAUUAAGACUAAUUGCUAAAUGUGUGCUUUGGUUCAAACUUAUAAAUAUGAAAUAUGAAUAUGAUUGAACCAAGCAUAUAACAUAACUUCAUUUAAAUAUUAAUGCUCAAAUGAAACAUCAUUUGUUACAGAGCCUAAUAAUUUUUUAGCAUAAUGUUUAAAUGUACAAUUAAUUUUCGUAUUUCUCAGAAAUAAGCACCUACAAAGAAAGCUGUUAUAAAUCUACAUACUAAAUAUUACAAAAAAAAAAGUACUUUUAAGCGAUUAUGUACAAAAUAUAAAAGAUAUAUCACACU